AUGAGCUCCUUCUCCACCAUCAGCGUGACCUUCCUCCUUUUUCUGGCAUUCCAGCUCCCAGGUCAGACCAGAGCUAAUCCCAUGUACAAUGCCGUGUCCAACGCAGACCUGAUGGAUUUCAAGAAUUUGCUGGACCAUUUGGAAGAAAAGAUGCCUUUAGAAGAUGAGGUUGUGCCCCCACAAGUGCUCAGUGAGCAGAAUGAAGAAGCGGGGGCUGCUCUCAGCCCCCUCCCUGAGGUGCCUCCCUGGACUGGGAACGUCAGCCCAGCCCAGAGAGAUGGGGGUGCCCUCGGGCAGGGCCCCUGGGACUCCUUCGAUCGAUCUGCCCUCUUAAAAAGCAAGCUGAGGGCGCUGCUCUCUGCCCCUCGGAGCCUGCGGAGAUCCAGUUGUUUCGGGGGCAGGAUGGACAGGAUUGGAGCCCAGAGCGGACUGGGCUGUAACAGCUUCCGGUACCGAAGAUAACAGCCAGGGAGCACAAGGAGGGCUGGGCCUUGGGACAGACGGCAAGAGGUUCCUGCCCGCUGGGGUCUCUCCUGCAUUCGUGUCAUCUCGUUGUCAUGGAGUUGUGAUCAUCCCAUCCAGGCUGCAGCUUCCUGUCAACACUUCUCACAUCUUACGCUAACUGUAGAUAAAGUGGUUUGAUGGUGGCUUCCUCGCCUCUCCCACCCCAUGCAUUAAAUUUUAAGGUAGAACCUCACCUGUUACUGAAAGUGGUUUGAAAGCGAAUAAACUUCAGCACCAUGGACAGAAGAC